CACUGAACGGAGCUAGGAUUCUGCUAAAUUCCCGCGGGUCCCGGCUGGGACCACCACACCACCUCCGUCGAAUCACAUUCCUUCCCUCGUCCCAUCGCACCACCUAAACACAUGAACUAGACGAGUUCCCACCGAUCCCGCUCGGAGAGCUGAAACUCGCUCGCUCGCUGGCUCAAUCAAUUUUUGGGCAGACCCGGGUUCUCAACUCAAUCAUUCACUCUGCUCAUUCGCCGGUCGGGGUGAGGCAAGGCGCCCAGGCGAAAAAUGGAGUAUAAUUGCAGCGGCGGAGGAACGGCGGCGUCGUUUAACAAGAGUUGGGCUCAGCAGACGGAGGAGAGCUACCAGCUCCAGUUGGCCCUGGCUCUACGGAUGUCUUCCUUAGCUGCUUUAGCUACUGAUCCCAAUUCCUUAACUUCUCCGGCAUGGGACGACCUAGUCCACAAACGCCUCCCCGUCGCUUCUUCUUCUUCCUCCCCUGAUUCUGCUCAAUCCAUUUCCCGUCGCUUCUGGGUAUCUGUUUUCUCCUCCCUUCUCUUUCCCCCCUUUCUGGGUCUUUCUUUAUUCGCCUCUUUCUUUCUGUUUCGUGCUAUUACUUCUGCAGAUUUUUUUGUUUCUGGUGCUAGGGAAAUGGGUUUCCCAAAGGCCAAAACUUUACCUUUCGUACUGUCGUAUUUCGUUGACAAGUACCAAGUAGGACGCGCUUAUUUUUGUACUUUUCCCCCUGUUUCAUUAAAAGAUUCAAGUUGUUUGCAUGCUUCUUCUCCUGGGUUUGCUUUUCCCAAGUGGAAUUUUUUUAGUUUUGCAAAAAACUAGGCACAUUUGUGACAAAUUCAUAGCUGUUUUCUCUGUUGAUCAGCGGGAUUGAACAACCUUGCCUUGCCAAAUAAGUGGAAGGCUUUUUGAAAAUCCCGUCUAGCUCUGUCCGUCAGAAUGCAUAUUCAGGUGUCGAACUACUCAGUAGAUAGUUGGAAGAACUGAUAACCUUAAUAUCUGCUUCACAAUGAAUUAUUGGAACUCACUGUUGUAUAAACUCAUUCAGUCUCUUGUACCGUCUACCUGAAGCUCUAAAAUGCUGGUUUGUUCCAUCGUAUCAGGUAAAUGGCAGCCUAUCUUACUACGAUAGAAUCCCUGAUGGGUUCUAUGCAAUCUAUGGCAUGGAUCCGUAUGUUUGGACCAUAAGUACAGACCAGAGCGAGCUCGGUUGGAUUCCAUCCAUAGAUGCAUUGAAGGCUGUGGAUCCUCAUGCCGAAUCAGCAAUGAAAGUGGUAUUGGUUGACAGAUUCAAGGAUCAUGUUCUGAGAGAGCUAUUUGAUCGAGUUGCUAGUCUUUCCAGUGAUCGGCUUUCUACGAAUGAUGCUGUGUCUGAGAUUGCAAAUAUUGUCUGCAGUCGCAUGGGUGGUGAAGCUCUUAUUGAAGACGGAGAGUUCUGCCAGUACUGGAUGGAGUGCGCUGACAUUCUGAGAUACCGUCUACGUUCUGUUAUAAUUCCUAUCGGAAGCUUGUCUGUUGGUCUCUGCAUCCAUCGGGCAUUGCUGUUUAAAGUGUUGGCAGAUUCAAUUAACUUACCAUGUAGAAUUGCUAAAGGUUGCAAAUAUUGUACGAGGGAUCUUGCUUCUUGCUGUCUUGUUCAAGUUGGUAAUGAGAGGGAAUACUUGGUUGAUUUGUUCAGUAAGCCAGGAGCCUUAAGCCAUCCCGAUUCCUCACUCAAUUGUACAUCCUCAAUCUCCGCAGCUUCUCCAUUGUCUUACCCUAGGUUCAAUCAUGUCCCAACAGUUGAAGACGUCAGGGCAAUGGCAAAACUUUAUUUCUUUGAUGGUCAAGCUCUAAAUCUUACAUUUGACACUAAUACUAACUCAGGUGGUUUAGGACUCCCGAAAGCCAACAAAAGUCUUGCACAUGCUGCAAACGACAACCAUGAAGCUUCUCAGUCAGUUGUAAUGCAAACUACCUCCCAGUGUACCGUAUUUCACAAGGAUCCAAAUGUCGGCAGUCCUUUCCCAUAUGUAAUAAAUUCAAGGAAUGUAGAUAAAGGCGGCAUUCAAUCAAGUCAUUUGCUGGUGACUGGCCAUCAAGAUGUGCAUCCAGUUUCUGUCUUCUCCAAUAACAUACCUGGUACAUCUGAUCAUAAGUGGUACAUGGAAUCAAAACAGAUGAAACAUUCGAGCAAUGAUCUUCAUCUCGAAGAUGAAGAUUUGGACAUUCGUUGGAGUGAACUUGUUGUGAGGGAGAAGAUUGGUGAAGGUUCAUUUGGAACUGUUCAUCGUGCUGAAUGGCGUGGUUCUGAGGUUGCCGUGAAGAUUCUGGCGGAACAAGAUUUCCAUCCAGAGCACCUGAAAGAGUUUCUUGCCGAGGUUGCGAUCAUGAAACGGCUGCGGCAUCCAAACAUUGUUCUUUUCAUGGGGGCUGUUACUCACCCCCCUCAUUUGUCUAUAGUUACCGAAUACUUAUCGAGGGGCAGUUUGCAUAAACUGCUGCAUAAACCGGAAGCCAGAUUAAUGCUUGAUGAAAGGCAGCGUUUGAACAUGGCUUCUGAUGUGGCAAAAGGUAUGAACUACCUUCAUCAGCUGCGGCCACCCAUUGUCCAUCGAGAUUUGAAGUCCCCAAAUCUAUUAGUGGACAGUACAUACACCGUAAAGGUCUGUGACUUUGGUCUGUCUCGUCCCAAAGCUAACACAUAUCUUUCCUCCAAGACAGCAGCGGGAACACCUGAAUGGAUGGCACCUGAAGUUCUUCGUAAUGAGCAAUCAAACGAGAAAUCAGAUGUUUACAGCUUUGGGGUGGUCUUAUGGGAACUGGCAACUCUUCAACAGCCAUGGAAAGAUUUGAAACAGGCCCAGGUUAUUGGAGCUGUCGGGUUCAAAGGUCAAAAGCUCCAGAUUCCAGAUAACAUAAAUCCUGGUGUCGCUGCUUUGAUUGAAGCCUGCUUAGCCAAUGACCCCUCUCACCGUCCUUCAUUCUCGUACAUAGUAGAAGCUCUACAGAAACUGAUCAGAAGCCCCUUGUCUCGACCACCCCGGGUUCAUGUCGCUUGACACUUUUGAGGGCAAAAGAGUCUUCAUUUACGAGAAUCUGAAUAGUUCACAGCUUGAAGUAAGUGCCCUAUCCAAAGAACUUUCCCGGAGCUUAAACAAUAAAGACCAGGAGCUCUCUUGCAGACCGGAGCAGUGGAUGGUCUGCUGUAGCAGAUUAUGCUUCAAGAAGUGCAGUCAUAUCUUGCAGGCAGCAUGGUAAGUUUUGAGUAGGGAUGAUUACACUUGUGUAAUUCUCUCUUGUCAGCAGCAGCAGUGGCCGCUGCUAGUUAAUUGUAUAUAUAGGUAUAAUAUAUCAAGUGAAAACAAAGGUAUAUAGUUUGUGAGAAGAGUUGAAUCCAAAUAGUUUGUGUGAGAGGGAUUGAAUCCCAAUAUAGCUAAGCUAGCUCAUCAGCCCUCUCUGUUUUUUAAGGGUCAAUUUAGGCCCUGGCUGUUAACAUAAAAUGUAAAAGUACGUCAAUGUGUCAACUCAAAACAGAAGUGCUUUGUGCUUGGCGUCAUUGAGUUGGUAAAGAUGGACACUUUGUGCUAAAUACUUCAAUCCCACAUUCCUAUUCAUCUGUUAUUGAAUCUAGAAGCAGUACAAACCCACAAUCAUACAUUUGAAAUAACCGUUUUGUAUUUGUAUUCGGAAGAAUGUAUAAUGGAGUAGAGGGGACUAGAGAAGUGUCAAUACUCUAUAAUGACAAAAGUUAGUCGUCAUGUCAUGUCAUUAAAUCAUAUUGUGACAAGACAAUAAAAAUUUAUUUUUUAU